CACCUUGAUCAAGCCGAAUACUCGGCACACAUGCGCAGUUCCCUGGUGAACCAUUCGCUUCAUCCGACGCUAGACGUCGCUGGACUUCCAUCGUCGUAUGGAUCGCGAGACUAGUCACCCUCCCCGGCGUGACCUAAAGGGAGACCGUCCUUAAUUCUCGCGGAAGGCGCCGUGGGUGCCGCGAGCCGCGCGCGGCACAUUUUCUCCGUGUCCAGAGCACGCGUCCGCAGCCCCUCGCAACCCGAAUGAGCAGCCCACGUCGGGGGUUGCUGCCAAGAGGGUGCACACUCGCACGCACGAGAAUUUCACCUCGCGUCCUCUCAUUUCCCGGUCGUAGCUUUAGUUUACGCGCCGUACCUCGUGGGAUAGUGUCACCCUCGUGCGUGCUGAGCGACGGACGAAUGGGCUCGAACGUAUAAAAUACUGUAAACGGAGGAAAUAACAAUCUAUGCCAGCGAUUGCUGAAAGUUGAUUGGGACUGUAAUUGCGACACAAACAAACGAGUAAGAAGAAAUUUGUGUGACCAUGGAAAACUCAGAGAAAGAAUGUUUGCGAAUGCAACCGAUUGGCUUCCAAAGUCUUCAUAAGGACGUCAUUACGGACGGUGUAAAUUCUGAGUGCGUUGAUGGGGUAAAAAAUGGUGAAAAUAUAUUGUCUCCAAGUGAAGAUACGGAGGAUAAUUAUGAUCCGCAUAAGCAUCGGAACAGACCAAAUCCAACUUCAAAUUUCGAAACACUGGUUCACUUGCUAAAGGGCAGUCUAGGCACGGGAAUUUUAGCGAUGCCAAAUGCAUUUUACAAUAGCGGUCUAUUGGUCGGCGUCAUAGCUACAAUCAUCAUAGGCAUAUUGUGCACGUACUGCUUGCACAUACUCGUAAAGGCGCAGUACAAAUUGUGUAAACGGUUAAGAGUUCCUAUGCUGAGCUAUCCGGACAGCAUGAAAUUUGCUCUGGAGAAAGGCCCACGAAGUGUGAAAUGGUUUUCGCCCUAUGCACCAGGACUCGUAGACGGGUUUAUGAUAAUAUAUCAAUUGGGAAUUUGCUGCGUUUAUAUUGUGUUUGUAGCAACAAAUAUCAAACAGGUGACAGACCAGUACUGGGAACCUUUGAGUAUUUCGACCCAUAUGCUCAUUUUGUUGCUACCGCUGAUUUUAAUAAACUACAUUAGAAAUCUGAAGUUACUGGCGCCGUUUUCCACGCUAGCAAACCUUAUUACGUUCGUCGGACUCGCCAUGAUUCUAGUGUACAUGCUUGACGAUCUACCGCCGAUCAGCGAGAGGGAGCUGUUUGGCUCAUUAAGAAAUUUUUCCCUCUAUUUUGGAACGACGUUGUUCGCGUUAGAAGCCGUCGGUGUGAUUAUAGCUCUGGAGAACAAUAUGAAGACACCGAAAAGUUUCGGGGGAUACUGUGGUGUAUUGAACAUAGGGAUGACUGCGAUUGUUAUUUUAUACAUAGCCAUGGGUUUCUUCGGUUACAUAAAGUACGGACCCGAAGCAGCGGGAAGUGUUACUUUUAAUUUGCCAAAAGAACAAACUAUGGCGCAAAGCAUUAAGAUAAUGUUUGCCAUCGCCAUAUUCAUAACGUACGCCCUGCAAGCCUACGUGCCCGUUGAAAUUUUAUGGACCACCUACUUGGAUCAUCGAAUACGAAACCGUAAGCUUUUGUGGGAAUACGUUUGUCGGACCGUGGUCACUCUAGUCACGUUCGUUCUGGCGAUUGCUAUUCCGAGACUUGGCCUAUUUAUCUCGCUAUUCGGCGCUCUCUGCCUAUCCGCCCUUGGUAUUGCUUUUCCGGCGAUUAUCGAGAUAUGCGUGGCGUGGCCGGAGAGCGAUUUCGGCCCUUGCAAAGUCCACUUAAUCAAGAACCUCCUUCUCAUCAUAUUCGGUCUGCUGGGUCUCGUGGUGGGGACCUACGUCAGCAUCGUGGACAUAGUGAACUCCUUCAAGUGAACGCGCGCGCGAAUAUUUUCCGAAGCAGAGAGACGUAUGGGACGCAGCUUGCGGAGAAGCUUUGACGAUGGCGGACGACCUUAAAGUGUCGAUAGUACGUCGACAAGCAAACUAGCUCACAGGCCCGUCCCUCUCUUUUUCUGUCCCUCUGUCCUUCUUUCACCGCCAUAAAUUUACUUGGAUUUUAUAAGUAAUAAAAAAAUAGACGCGAUAGAGCUUGUCGAAGAGCACUCGAAAUCUCGAGACAACACAAUCCCCGAUUGCAAAAGGUCGGGAUUCAAAACUGUGAUGAAAUCUCUCCUAAGCAUGUACCGGAAGACGUCAUCUCACGCGGGUCGUUGUUAAAGAUUUUUAUUACUCACUUUAGAGAGGUGCAUAUUCUUAUUCGUUAAACUGGGCUGUAUGUAUACAUGCAAUGUGUGCGUACACAGGUACAUACGACGUACAAAGCAAAUGUUUCAGUAAUUGAAAAUACGUGAUGAACAGCCAAGAUUGUUUAAUCUCUGUAAGGAUUCACAAUACACGAUCUAAUUAUAUAAUUAACUGAAAUACGAAAUAUAUAAAACGUUAUUAUUAACAUACAAAAAUACGAAAAAUUUUUAUAUUAUUUCAAAAAUAAUGAAAAACAUCUGAAUGAACCAAUAUUCAGACAAUCUAAAACACAUUUAAUGCUUAUUAUUUAUAAAAUAAAUACAAAAAGUUAUCUUGGCAAACACGUAAUGUUUCUUUAAACAUUUUAAAAAUAUUAACAUAUCAACUUUAAUUUUUAUAAUAUUUAAAAUGAGUUUAUAAAUGUCUUAAAGUAUUUAAAGAUUACAAUUAAAUUUAAAUAUUAUAAAAAAACACAUUUAAAAUUAUUGAUAAUAGUGAUAUAGAAACAUAUCGAUCAUUGAAACAUUUAUCUUACAUCGUAUGUACGAAUGUUCUACUCUAGUAUACAUAAAAAUGUCACGCCUAAAACGGAUUUUAUAUAAUACACAUAAGUAUACGGAUAUCGAACAGAUAUUCACAAAAAAUUUUUCAAUUAGACAAUUUUAUUGGUAAAACAUUUGCGCUUAAGCUCUUAUCUCAGUGAUACGAGUACUUAGAAACACGGUUGGCAUUCACCUUUUUUUUUUUUAAGAUGGAUGUCGCAAUAAUCGAGGCUUGAAAAUGACGUAAAUUCUUUGAGCUGAGAAUUGGAAAUUUUUUAAUAAACGUACUUUGUAUCUAAAUCUUGUAUGUAUGGUGAUUUCAAUGAAUGAAAUAGAAAAGAAUUGUCAAAUCAUGUUAUCAACGUUUAAUAAAAUUAAGUUGGAACAAAAAUUUAAAUAAAAAAUUAGACAGUUAAUUUUUUUUUAAUGUAUUAUAUAUUGGAUCCUCUUAAAUUUGACAAUCAUUUUACAAAAAAUUCUGUGACUAUGUGUCUACCAAAUAAAUUUGUCUACCAAAGAACUACCCUAGAAUUAAAUACACUUUUUUAAAUUUAGGUUCGAUUCUACAGCGAUUUUGCUAGAAAGCAAUAAUCAAAUUGAUUUUCGUUACGUCUUAUAAGUUAGCGGAAAAAGUAAACAAUAAACGAAUUGUAAGUAAUAUUUGAUAUAAGUAUAUAUUUUAUAUACUUAUAUUAAUCCUAACUGAUAUUUGUUUCAAAAUUUUCUUAACUAGUAUUUGCGGAUUCAACACAUCUGACAAAAAUUUAAACAUUAAAUUUAAAUUAAUGUAUCUUUACUUAAAGUUAAUGUAAUUAAAUAAAUUUUCUUUUGUUUUGAAAAAACCAAAAUCCGAGGAAUAAGAUUAUGUAAGUUUACGAAAAAGAUUUGUUAUAAACACGACGCAAUUUCCAGAUUUUGGGUGUAAAUAAAAAAAAUACCUGGAUUCACACACUAAAGCCGCAAAUACCAAUUAAGGUUAAUUAAGAAAUUAAAUUUGCUUAUUUUAUUUCUCUAAUUUAUAAGACGUUUCUCUAUUGUCUUCCCUGUUUUGCUUAUCUUAUCAAAAUAUAUGAUUGAAUAUGUAUAACACUAAAAAAUAAUCAUAAAUAAUGAUUAUUGCGAUAUCCAAUUUGUGGGAAAUGUCUAAAUAUUAUAUUACUGAUAGAAAACAUUUUAAUUUCAUCUGAAUUCUAUGACACUCAAUCAUUUUAGAAUUUUAUUUAGCUUCAGAGUGUAGAAAAUUAAUGUAAAGCUUUGAGUUUUAAAUCUUCUGAUUCUAGAAACUUUUACGUUUAAUUUUCAGAAGAUCCAGCAACUCUUAAGCUCAUUCUAAAGAGAAAAAAAAAACACCAUUUCAACAAAGUGUGAAAUGUUGAAACA